AUGUCGAAAAUUCAGGCUGGUCCAGUUGUUGAUAUUCUCGGAGAUGAAAUGACCAGAAUUAUCUGGGAUCUAAUUAAGAAUAAAUUGAUUUUACCAUUCUUGGACAUUGAACUUCAUACUUACGACUUAGGUAUUGAGCAUAGAGACAAAACCGAAGACCAAGUUACCAUUGACUGCGCUGAGGCUAUCAAAAAAUAUAAUGUUGGUAUUAAAUGCGCUACUAUUACUCCUGAUGAGAAGAGAGUAGAAGAAUUUAACCUUAAAAAGAUGUGGAAGAGUCCCAAUGGUACCAUCCGUAACAUCUUGGGGGGUACAGUUUUUAGGGAAGCGAUUAUUUGUAAAAACAUUCCUCGUCUUGUAACCGGAUGGGAGAAACCCAUUAUUAUUGGACGUCAUGCCCACGCUGAUCAAUACAAAGCAACCGACUUUGUUGUUCCUGGAGAAGGAAAACUUGAACUGAUAUUCACUCCUCCAUCUGGUGAACCAAUUAAGCACGUCGUUAAUGACUUCAAGGGAGCUGGUGUAGCCAUGGGUAUGUUUAACACUGAUGCGUCCAUUGUUGAUUUCGCUCAUUCGUCCUUCAAAUAUGCCCUGGACAGAAAGUACCCCUUGUACCUGAGUACCAAGAACACCAUUCUUAAAAAGUAUGACGGUCGCUUCAAAGACAUUUUCCAAGACAUUUACGAGAAGGAAUAUAAAUCUCAAUUUGAGGCUGCUGGUAUUUGGUAUGAGCAUCGUCUCAUUGAUGAUAUGGUUGCUUAUGCUAUGAAGUCUGAGGGUGGUUUUGUGUGGGCUUGCAAAAACUAUGAUGGAGACGUUCAGUCUGAUUCUGUGGCUCAAGGAUACGGGUCAUUGGGACUUAUGACCUCAGUUCUUAUCUGUCCUGACGGAAAGACAGUCGAGGCUGAAGCAGCCCACGGAACUGUUACCAGACACUUCCGCUUCUAUCAACAAGGAAAAGAGACUUCCACUAACCCUAUUGCCUCUAUUUUCGCAUGGACUAAAGGUCUUCUGCACCGUGCCAAAUUGGACAAUAAUGACGAGUUGAAAAAGUUCGCAGAAACUCUUGAGAAUGUCUGCGUAGAAACAAUUGAGUCUGGUAUAAUGACGAAAGAUCUUGCAAUUUGCAUUAAGGGUAUGAAUAAUGUAAAGAGGUCAGACUACUGUGAAACAUUUGAAUUCAUGGACAAGCUUGCUGAAAACUUAAAAAAGAGUUUGGGAAAAUGA